AUGGCUGCUAAUAUCCUUCCAUUGAACUCUGUCACUAUCAGAGCACGUGCCGGACCAGGUUCCCAGAGGCCCGAUCCACAUGGCCGGAAAAGUUCCUCUAGCUCGGGUAACUGGUGGUCCCCGCUCUUCGGAUGGUCCUCCGAGGCCGACUACAUUGGCUCUGAGAAUAAGCCCCAAGAUAUGCAGGAAAAAGAGGACGGCAGAUCGGAGUCGGAUCUCAGCUCAAAACCAGUGAGAUCUCGGUUUGCUCCAGGUGGUUUCACUGAGGAGAAGGCGAGACAACUCCGUAUGAUGACUAAUGAAACGUCAUCGUUUCAUGAUGUUAUGUAUCACUCUGCGAUCGCGUCAAGGCUAGCCUCCGACUUCAAGCACAGAUCCGAACGGUAG